GGGCUGACUCAGCUGCGUCGUCACGCAGGCGAAAGCGCGUCAGUCGGGGAGUCGCAGCAGUAUGAGAGAUCCACCUUCCGCUGCUGCUGCUGGAGCGGAGACACCGGAGAAACGCUGCUCCAACCGGGCUUCCCUCAGUGCGCUCACCCGCAGCGCCGCCGAUAGAUGGCUGAAAACCGCGCAACACCUCCGCCUCAGUCCACCCGGUGAAGAGAAUGUCCCAGAAAUCCUGGAUAGAGAACACUUUCACCAAGAGGGAAUGUGUCUACAUACUGCCAGCGUCCAAGGACCCACACAGAUGCCUUCCAGGAUGUCAGAUCUGCCAGCAGCUUGUCAGGUGCUGCUGUGGCCGGCUGGUCCGGCAACAUGCCGGAUUCACAGCGAGUCUGGCGAUGAAGUACUCGGAUGUGAAGCUGGGUGAGGGGCGGGGCAGGGUGGGGUUAAGGGUGGGGCGGGGCGGGGCGGAGCAAGAUGAAUGGAGUGUGGAGAAGCACACAGAGCAAAGUCCUACUGAUGCCUAUGGCAUCAUCAACUUCCAAGGAGGAUCACACUCCUAUAGAGCGAAGUAUGUGCGUCUCUCCUAUGACUCCAGGCCCGAGGCGAUCCUUAGGUUGAUGUUGAAGGAGUGGCAGAUGGAGCUUCCAAAGAUCCUUAUUUCUGUACAUGGAGGGAUUCAAAACUUCGACCUGCAUCCUCGUAUCAAACAGGUGGUGGGGAAGGGACUCAUCAAAGCAGCUGUAACCACGGGGGCCUGGAUCCUCACCGGGGGAGUCAAUACAGGUGUGGCUAAGCAUGUGGGUGAUGCUCUGAAGGAGCACUCGUCCCGUUCUGCUCGGAAGAUCUGUACCAUCGGCAUCGCACCCUGGGGAGUGAUCGAAAACCGUAAUGACCUCAUUGGGAGAGAUGUGGUAGCCCCCUAUCAGACCCUCCUGAACCCCCUCAGUAAGCUGAAUGUGUUAAAUAAUCUGCACUCUCACUUCAUCCUGGUGGACGAUGGCACCGUGGGCAAGUAUGGGGCAGAGGUCAACCUGCGGAGGGAGCUAGAGAAACACAUCAACCUACAGAGGAUACAUGCCCGUAUCGGGCAGGGUGUGCCAGUUGUAGCUCUGAUAUUUGAAGGUGGGCCGAACGUGAUCCUGACGGUGUUGGAGUACCUGCAGGAGAACCCACCUGUCCCCGUGGUGGUGUGUGAGGGAACCGGGCGAGCAGCGGACGUGCUGUCUUUUGUCCAUAAACAAACUGAGGAUGAUGGUAGUCUUCCAGAUGGUGUUGAGCUCGACAUCAUUGCGACAAUCAAAAAAACCUUUAACUUCAGUCAGAAUGAUGCAGUGCACCUCUUCCAGACGCUCAUGGAGUGUAUGAAAAGCAAGGAGCUGAUAACUGUGUUCCAUGUCGGCUCAGAGGAACAUCAGGACAUUGACGUAGCCAUUCUGAAGGCUCUGCUCAAAGGUGCACUGGCGUCUGCAUUCGACCAGCUCGUGCUGACCCUGGCAUGGAACCGAGUGGACAUCGCUAAAGAUCACGUGUUUGUUUACGGACAAAAGUUACUAGUAGAUUCCUUGGAGCAGGCCAUGCUGGAUGCGCUGGUGAUGGACCGUGUGGAUUUUGUGAAGCUGCUAAUUGAGAAUGGUGUGAGCAUGCACCGCUUUCUCACAAUCUCACGCCUAGAGGAGCUUUACAACAUGAAACAAUUACCAGCAAACCCCACAUUGCUGCAGCUCGUCAGAGAUGUCAAACAGGGAAACCUCCCUCCGAACUAUAAGGUCACGCUGAUCGAUGUGGGUUUGGUGAUCGAGCACCUGAUGGGCGGAACGUACCGCUGUAACUACACACGCAAACGAUUCAGGAUCAUCUACAACAACCUGCACGGCAACACACGGCGAUCGGGCCGAGCUCCUCCCAGCGCACCUCCUCUGAGGAAAAGUCACGAGGCCUUCAGUAUCCAGGCUGAUAAGAAGGAGAAAACCCGCCACAACCACUUCAUCAAGACGGCACAGCCUUACAAACCAAAGUUGGACUCGAGUGGGGAUGUUCAGCACAGGCGCAGUAAGGAAGAGGUGGUGGACAUCGAUGACCCCGAGACCCGGCGCUUCCCGUACCCGUUUAACGAGCUUCUGGUGUGGGCUGUGCUGAUGAAGAGGCAGCGGAUGGCGCUGUUUUUCUGGCAGCACGGGGAGGAGAACAUGGCCAAGGCACUCGUGGCCUGCAAGCUCAGCCGCUCCAUGAGCUACGAGGCCAAGAAAAGUGACGUGGUGGACGACACGUCAGAGGAGCUCAAAGAGUACUCCAAUGAGUUUGGUCAGCUGGCAGUGGACCUGUUGGAGCAGUCGUUCCGGCAGGAUGAGAUGAUGGCGAUGAAGCUGCUGACCUACGAGUUGAAGAACUGGAGUAAUUCCACGUGUCUAAAGCUGGCUGUGUCGUCACGGUUACGGCCGUUUGUCGCUCACACGUGCACGCAGAUGCUGCUGUCGGACAUGUGGAUGGGCCGUCUAAACAUGCGCAAAAACUCCUGGUACAAGGUGAUCCUGAGUAUCCUGGUGUUCCCUGCCAUCCUAAUGUUGGAGUAUAAGAGUAAGGCGGAGAUGGCUCACAUCCCUCAGUCUCAGGACGCUCACCAGAUGACCAUGGAGGACAGCGAGAACAACUUGCAGAGCCCUGAUGACAUCCAGAUGGACGUGUUUAAGGACUCCCGCCUGAACGAGCACGUCGAGAUGAAGAGUGACGCAGAGGUUCUCACACGCUCACGUCGUUUACCCAUCACACGCAAAUUCUACGCCUUCUACCACGCCCCCAUCGUCAAGUUCUGGACAAACACAUUGUGCUACCUGGUCUUCCUGAUGCUCUACUCGUAUGUGGUGUUGGUGAAGCUGCCGAGUUUUCCGUCUCUGCAGGAGUGGAUCGUCAUCUUGUACAUCUUCACCUCUGCUAUUGAGAAAAUAUGCCACACACCUAUGUUCAUGUCUGAAGGAGGAAAGAUUAGCCAGAAGAUCAAAGUAUGGUUCUGCGAUUACUUCAACACGUCCGACUUCAUCGCCAUCGUGAUGUUCGUGGUGGGCUUCGGUUUGCGCUUCGGCUCUGAGAACGUGGCGAUCGUGGGGAGGACCGUUUACUGCCUGAACAUCAUCUUCUGGUACGUGCGUCUCCUGGACUUCCUCGCGGUGAACCAGCAGGCUGGACCCUACGUCAUGAUGAUCGGAAAGAUGGUAGCAAACAUGUUCUACAUUGUGGUGAUCAUGCUGGUGGUGCUGGUGACCUAUGGUGUUCCUCGUAAAGCCAUCCUUUACCCAGACUCUACGCCUCAGUGGUCUCUUAUUGUCGAUGUGGUCUUCCAGCCCUACUGGAUGAUGUACGGGGAGGUGUACGCCUACGAGAUCGAUGUGUGUGCCAACAACAGCAACACUGAGCCCUACAUUGGGAAGCUGUGUGGUCCAGGGGUCUGGUUAACUCCAGCGCUGCAGGCUGUGUAUCUGUUCAUACAGUACAUCCUGAUGGUCAACCUGCUCAUCGCCUUCUUCAAUAACGUGUACCUGCAGGUGAUGUCCAUGUCUAACCUGGUGUGGAAAUAUCAGCGUUACCACUUCAUCAUGGCGUAUCAUGAUAAACCUGUUCUCCCUCCACCACUAAUUAUCUUCUGCCACAUCGCCUCACUCAUCCGCUUCCUCUGCAAAAGCAGGAAAAAGGACAGCAGUGCUUAUGGACCAAAGCUCUUCCUGACUGAGGAGGACCAGAAAAAACUGCACGAUUUUGAGGAGCAGUGUGUGGAGACGUAUUUCCAUGAGAAAGAUGACAAGUUUCACUCUGGGAGUGAUGAGAGGAUCAGAUUAACCUCCGACCGGGUGGAGACGAUGAGUAUCCAGCUGAGGGAGGUUGGGAACAGGGUGAAUUUUAUAAAGCGGUCUUUGCACUCUCUGGACUCUCAGAUUGGUCACCUGCAGGACCUUUCUGCUCUGACCGUGGACACUCUGAAGGCUCUGACGGCGCAGAGAGCUUCGGAAGCCAGCAAAGUGCACAACGAAAUCACGCGAGAACUUAGCCUGUCUAAAAACUUGGUGCCUGGCACCAUGGACCCUGUCCCUCCUUCAAAAGCUUCCAUUUUGGUUCAGAGAACUGUUUAUCCACCCUCUUCCAACAUGGCUGACUCUCUGUUUGGGAGAGGAGCUUCGGAGGGGGCGCGUCUGAGAGCUGAGCUGGGGAUGACUCCUGAGAGGAGGCUGGCGUUUUCUCCAGAGGCUGGAACCUUUGGCGCCGCUGCACACGCUCUCGCUCAGCCGGACGACCGCACCGACAGCAGCCUGCCGACGUCAUCUGAUGCCACAGGGACUUUCUUCGUCAGCACCCCCACACAACCGAGCAGCAUACACUCACACACACACACUCACAGUACACACACGGGCCAGUCUCACUCUCCUCCUGAGGCUGCUGUGGAGUUUGGUGCCUUUGUGGGUCAUAAGGAUGAUUCUGAAGGUCAAAGGUCAUCCCCAAAGCAGAGCUCUGUGGGCUGCAGGCAGCUUAGUCACAGCAGCAAGGGAGAAGGCCACAUGAGGACAGUGAACUCCUAUGCUGGUUUCACAGAGCUCAACAAACAUCCAGCUUUCCUGCAACCAAGUCUGAGUAAGUGGGACAAGAGUCGAGUGUCAGCGGAGGAUGUUCAGCUCCAUGAGGACUCGCGAGCAGCUCUGCUACUGGAAAGAGCUCAAGGAAAAUCAGUGCAGGCCAGCAGCAGUGUAAGUCCAGUAGAGGACACCAUCACUGCCACAGUAAGCCUGUUCUCAGCCCGCCACAGCCCUCUCAGUACACGUAAGGACUCGAUUGGUUCUCCCUUUAAGCCGAUGGAAGGUUAUCAGUAUUCAGCGGUGGAGCGUAAUAACCUCAUGAGGUUGUCCCAGAGCAUCCCGUUCACCCCUGUGCCCCCUAGAGGAGAGCCAGUAACAGUGUACUGUCUGGAGGAAAGUUCUCCCACUAACAUUAAUAACAGCAUGUCGUCGUGGGCGCAGCGUGGCCUCUGUGCUAAGAUUGAGUUCCUGAGUAAGGAGGAAAUGGGCGGCGGCCUGAGGCGGGCGCUGAAGGUGCUGUGCACCUGGUCUGAGUACGACAUCCUCAAACCUGGACACCUGUACAUCGUCAAGUCCUUCCUCCCUGACGUCAUCGACACCUGGAAGAGCGUCUACAAGGAGGAUACCGUCCUGCACCUCUGCCUCAGGGAGAUCCAACAGCAGCGAGCAGCUCAAAAACUCACCUUCGCCUUCAAUCAAGUCCGACCCAAAACCAUCCCCUACUCUCCCAGGUUCCUGGAGGUGUUCCUCCUGUACUGUCACUCAGCUGGUCAGUGGUUUGCAAUAGAGGAAUGCAUCACUGGAGAGUUCCGAAAGUUCAACAACAAUAAUGGAGAUGAGAUCGUUCCCACCAACCUGCUGGAGGAGACCAUGCUGGCCUUCAGCCACUGGACCUACGAGUACACACGGGGAGAGCUGCUGGUGCUGGACCUACAGGGAGUUGGUGAGAUUCUGACCGAUCCUUCAGUCAUUAAGAGUGGAGAGAAAGGCUCUUAUGAUAUGGUGUUUGGCCCGGCGAAUCUGGGCGAUGACGCAAUCCGAAACUUUCGUACCAAACACCACUGUAACUCCUGCUGCCGGAAACUCAAACUGCCCGACCUAAAGAGGAACGACUACACGCCAGAGAAAGUGACUCUGCAGCAGGACGAUCAAACGGAAAGCCCCAUCACGUCUACACAGACAGUGGGCGGAGCUAAAGAGCAACGCCCGUCCAUGCGCUUAAUGCUGUGAUACACACACACACACACACACACACACACACACACUAAAGAAGCAGCACCUGGAAUCCUACAUCCAUGGAAACCCUCCAAAGAGACACAAAGAAAGUGUGUGUGUGUGUGUGUGACGGGGGUCGUGGGGGGUCACACCUAUGCUACUGCGUCUCCGUGGAGCCGAAAUGCCGCGACGUCGCUGUAAAGAUUUUCUGGUGAACAGAGUUUUUUACGAGAUGAUUUUAUUUUGAUGUUUUUACGCUCGAUAAUGAAAUAAAAGUGUCCCGCGGUUUCCGUGGUUACGGACCGUC